AUGGGUUGUGAAUCACUCAUUAAUAACAAGUAUUGUAGUAAUCGUUGUGUUAAGAAUUGCCAUCAGAUUUACCACACCUUAGAGUUGGAUAAAACAGAGUUUAUGGGACUCACAGAUAAUAUUGGGGGUCUGUUUGGGCUGUGGUUUGGCGUGGCGUUCGUAGACACCAUGAAUCCUUCGCAACAAUUAUGGCCACAAGUGGUCACACUAUCGCCGUUCGGUCGGUGCCAGACGUUUCUCACAGACAUAUCAAUGGCCGGCAAUAUAUCGACACAACCAGUGAAUAAACUUUCAGUCAGAAUAAGAUCAUAUGAGUUGAUACGACUGCCCGCGCCGUACGAUAGCGGACGAGACGGUGGUUGUCAUGAGAGUUUGUUCGCCAACAGCUAUGCUAUCGAUUCGGUCGGACAUCACUAUUUAUACCACUAUAUAUUCGGAUAUCAUUACACAAUUCUAUGCCUAAUGGCGACAAUACUUGGCUAUCAGUUAUACGACGUGUCGGUCGACUAUUUUGCAUUCAAAACUGUAACUUUAUUUGACGUAAUGGACAACUCAAUGAACCCGCACUUACCGCAUAUAACACUCGUCUAUCAGUCAAUAUUUAAUCUAUCCAAUACUCGUCAGUGUUUACGAACAAAACUGGAUCAAUAUUGUAAGGAUCCAGACGUGAAGGACAGGACACUCUUUAACUAUACUAAUAUCGAUUCGAGCGGUCGGACACGUAUAGCGCUGGGCAACAAGUGGCCGGGCGUUGACAUACGGUCACUAAAACGACUUAUGUCAUAUGGCGCAACAUUUGAAGGCUUUGCCUUGACAAUAAUUAGCGUCAUAUUAAACCGGACUUCAAUUGCGAGUGAAUUAGACGGACAACAUGUGGUCAACUCCCGACAGUUUGCGGUCAUUCGUCGCUGGAGUGAAGCUAUCUAUGCGGACCCGAUGUAUGUAUUGCUUCACUACAAACCGGUGCCAGACAUCGAGCGCCUGUUUAGCGGCGAAACAGAACUGUCGGCCGUUAACCACACUCUGGCCGUCACAAAGACUAUGCGACAACUGUUGCCCUCUCCGUACGGCCGGUGCAGUGAUUACGGCUCAGACCCGUCGACCGGUGCCGAAGGGGACGGCAGUGGACAACCGUUUCGUGCGAUCUCUCACUUCCAUUGUAUGAGAAGGUGUCGAUUGAGUUACGUUAGAAAACCGCCCACUAAUUGGUGCGAGGUAUCGGUACAGUGUAUGAAGUAUUGUCCGCCGGAUUGUGUGGCAAUGGAUUAUCGCUCGCGUGUUGUCAACGAUAAUAAGGAUUACAUACAGAAAGUGUGGUUUAAUGACGACCGACCGGACGAUAUUAGUAUAGUUAAAGAGUGUCCUGUCCUUCACGUCUGGAUCCUUACAAUAUUGAUCCAGUUUUGUUCGUAA